GGCGGCGCGCGGGCAGCCCGGCGCGAGGCCCCGCGGCUCCGGUCGGGGACGUCGCUGCGGGCGGCUGUGCUGCUGUCGUCCAAGAUGUCGACCAAGAAUUUCCGAGUCAGUGACGGGGACUGGAUCUGCCCGGACAAGAAGUGCGGAAAUGUGAACUUCGCUAGGAGAACAAGCUGUAACAGAUGUGGUCGAGAGAAAACAACUGAGGCCAAGAUGAUGAAAGCUGGGGGCACAGAAAUAGGAAAGACACUGGCAGAGAAGAGCCGGGGCUUGUUUAGUGCAAAUGACUGGCAAUGCAAAACUUGCAGUAAUGUGAAUUGGGCCAGAAGAUCGGAGUGUAACAUGUGUAAUACUCCAAAGUAUGCUAAGCUAGAAGAAAGAACAGGAUAUGGAGGUGGUUUUAAUGAAAGAGAAAAUGUUGAAUAUAUAGAAAGAGAAGAAUCUGAUGGGGAGUAUGAUGAGUUUGGUCGUAAAAAGAAAAAAUACAGGGGGAAGGCAGUUGGUCCUGCAUCUAUAUUAAAGGAAGUUGAAGAUAAAGAAUCAGAGGGAGAAGAAGAGGAUGAGGAUGAAGAUCUGUCUAAGUAUAAGCUGGAUGAGGAUGAGGAUGAAGAUGAUGCUGAUCUCUCAAAAUAUAAUCUUGAUGCCAGUGAAGAAGAAGACAGUAACAAAAAGAAAGCCAAUAGGCGGAGUCGCUCAAAGUCUCGAUCAUCUCACUCGAGAUCUUCAUCACGCUCAUCCUCCCCCUCAAGUUCAAGGUCCAGGUCCAGUGUUCAUAUCACAGAGCUCAAAAAUGUGGUCCUAGGGAAAAAAAUGCUUCCGUGUUGUUCCAGGUCCCGUUCAAGAAGCUCUUCCAGCUCGCAGUCAAGGUCUCACUCCGGUUCCAGAGAACAUUCCAGAUCCCGUGGUUCGAAAUCAAGAUCCAGCUCCAGGUCCCACAGGGGCUCUUCUUCCCCAAGAAAAAGAUCUUACUCGAGUUCUUCAUCAUCUCCUGAGAGAGACAGGAAGAGGAGUCGCUCUAGACCUUCUUCACCCGCCGUUCGCAAAAAAAGACGAACGAGAUCACGGUCACCCGAAAGCCAGGUGAUUGGUGAAAACAUUAAACAACCCUGAGCCCAGGGCCAGCCCCUGCGGACCACCACCACUUUGCCCAGGUUGAUACUGACUUACUCAUAUUGGCUGCAUGACUCUAGCACUUAGCUAACUCUACAGUCACCUUAUGUGAUCUAGACUUCCAAAACCUUACUGCUUUGAGUGUACCUUCUCAUACACCAGAAACCUGCUGUGUGCAUAGAAACCUGGUGUGAUUUUAUUAUACGCCUUUCCAUAUGAUUGCAGGCUUUUUUCAGGGCUUCCCCUUCGUUCCUGGAAUAAUUGAGAGGUGGCUAUAUUUGAAAUGAGUGUUUAUUCUUAACUUGUAGAGAGUUUUGAGUUAAAAUCACAUUAAUUCUGGGCUCACAUCCAAAAGUGUAUAUCAGCCAUCCUAGGUUUAAUUACUCCUGCCAGCAUCGAGAUACCUAGUGUUUGCUCUGCUCUUUUCUGGUGUUUGCUCUGCUCAGUGCUGUUUACAGAUUGUGCUGCUCUCUUGUGUCUUUCAGGCACCACAGGUCGUCUUCUGGAUCAACCCAUUCUGGUUCCCGUUCAAGUUCAAAAAAGAAAUAAUGUAUUAAAAUUUACAUCUUUAAAAACAUUGAAUACAGUGCAUGAAGCAUAUUUUUUAGGAAAUUGAUGUCUCAUUUGGUCAGAAGUACUACUACAUUUGCUAGUAGAGGUGCAUGCCUUUAUUGCUUUUCAAAACAGUACAACUGUGUUUAUUUGUGAAAUUGAAGUAAAUUGCAUUUUAAGCCAUACUGUUCCCCAGACAAAUGCUCUCUAUUCAUUAUUACAACCAUUCGCUUCGUUUAAAGACAGCUGUAACUGAGUCCUUGGUUUCUUUGUCCUUUUCAUUUCUAAAUGUCCUAUUGACUGAGACAGGGUUGCCUGGACUCCACACACGUGGCCAAGGCUAAUAAACUUGUUGGAAUAACCAAUUCAUGUUCAUAUGGGAGGAGUGGUCAACCUGGUUAUGUUGUUUACUUGUGCCAGUAAUUUCUUACCAGAAAUUAACUACAUCACAAAGCUGACAACCGGGAACUUUGAGUUCUCUCUGCUGAGGGUGCCUUAGAGUCCUUAUCUCAUCAGCUCUACACCACUUCUAACCAAGAGGAUAGAUACUAGCACUCGCAGAGGAGUAGGUUAGCCAUCCUGAUUCAAAAUGUCUCCGAAAUAAAAAUUUAGGAAAUAGGGAUGUUUUUAAAAUCUAGUUAACAAACAUUGUGCUUGAUUGAUAAAGGUUUAAAAAAGGCCAAAUCAUAGUUAAUGAGCAAAUUGAAGAAAGCUUUUGAAGCCUAUUUCUCAGUAACAGGCUGACAGAGACGCAAAUUUAAGUGAUUUGCCUUGAAAUGUCUGAAUUUUUUCCAACACUGUAGAUAUCUAAGUAACAGAAUCCUUAUUUUUCUGCAUGAUUUAAGGGAAGUUUUUUUUUUUUCUCACCUGAAAAAAACAUAUGGCUUAAAAUGCUUUCAGAGUUUUAUUUCUAAAAUUAAAAUCUGGUCACUUGAGAUCCAUUUUGUUCUCUGGUUUAAAAAUUGAAAGGUUUCUCCUAACAAUCUCUCCCGCAGCAAAACAAGGUAAGUAUACAAGGGACCAGCAGUUGUGCUGGAGCUCCUUGUUACAGGAAUUGUGGUUCCUGUUUCUCCCUUCUUAGUAUUGUCUGCUGCAGUUUAAAUAAGUAAAGCAUUCUAAGAUGUUUAGAGACAGAUCAAACAAAAUGUUUUUAUUUUAAAGUGAGUGUUUUUCACCUCAAUUGAUCUAAAGAUAAAAACAAUAUCGUAUGUAGAAAUAUUUUCGUAAUAUUUUUACAAGCUUUCCUGUGUUUUUUGUCUUAUUUUCCUUGCUGCAUUUACUGUAGGUUGCACACGAGCUCUUACUCUCUUGUAAUUGUGCCUCAGACUUCUCAAAAGUCGACUUUCUCAGUUGCCCAGAUCUUCUAGAUCCGACGUGUUAGCCUUCGUUUGUUCUUGUGCUUUCUGUAUUUAACACUUGGGCUGUACUAGGCAAAUACAAGAUUAUAAAUUUAGCUAAUAGGAGUUUACAAACAGUUCAGAUUAUUAUGAUUUGAUUUGGUUUAAUUGAGCUGUACUAGUUCAUUUCAUAAGGAAAUGACACUGUAGACAAAUGUAAAUAAAAUCUGUGAGUCAAGCAUCAAGUGUUGGUUAUUAGAAAUAAACUAGAAAAUUUUAA